CCCAUUACGGACAGGGACAAAACCGGAACUAUAAAAAAAGAUCAUUCUCUUUGCUUUCACCUCUCCCAUUCCAAUACCGAAACUCCCAACCAAUGACAACGCAGAGAACACAACUUCCCCAAUAAUUACCAUUUCACCCUUACAAGCCUCUCACGAUUCCACCCGCCACCACGGAGACACCAAUGGAGUCAUCGCCGAUCAACCGUCUACCACCGGACUCACUCCACCAGAUCUUCUCCUCCCUCCCCCUCCGUCAAAUCAUGAUCUGCAGAUCCGUCUGCAAGUUCUUCAACCACCUCCUAACCUCACAGCCCUUCACAGAGAUCAUCUCAACUCGUCCUCCUCUCAACCUCCUCGCUCUCCGUCCCCCGCACCAUCAUCACAGACACCGCCACGUGUCCAUCCCCCACCCCCACAUCAACGUGUACGAUCCAGACGAGAAUCGGUGGCUCAGAUUCAACCUCGACUUCCUCCCUUUCCGCUCCCCGCAGCCCGUGGCCUCCUCGAGCGGACUCAUCUACCUCUGGUGCGAGUCGGUUAACUCGGCCGACUCGUGCAAGUCCCUCGUGGCAUGUAACCCUCUGACUCGUCAGUUCAAGGUGUUGCCUCAGCUCGGCUCGGCUUGGUCGCGGCACGGGACCGUUCUCGUCGACUCGGUUAACAGAGUCAUGGUCUUGACCGAGCUAGCCGCUCUGUAUUACUCAGGGACCGUGGUGGCUAACCGGUGGCUCAAGUUCUCGUCGAACUUACCGUCGAAACCGAGAAGCCCUGUCCUGACGUCGACGUCCGUGUUCGCGCUAUGCGACGUCGGAUCGCCGUGGAGAAGCCAGUGGAAGCUCUUCUCGUGUAGGCUCACGAGCCUCGCGGUGGUGACGGCUCACACGAACUGGACUUGCUUGGAGAGGCACGAGUGGGGAGAUAUAUUCGAUAUCAUAAAACGACCGCGUUUGGUGCGCGGGGAGGGGGAGGAUAAGCUGCUGAUGAUCGGGGGGUUGAAGUCGACGUUCUCGUUGAACCCGGCGUGUUCGACGAUUCUGAUUCUUAGGCUUUGUUUGGAGGGGUUGGAGUGGGAGGAAGCUGGGAGGAUGCCGCUUGAGAUGUACAGAGGGUUUCAGGAGUCGAGUAAGUUUAAGGUGUUUGGUGGUGGUGAUAGGGUUUACUUCUCUGCUAAGAGGAUUGGGAAGCUUGCGAUGUGGGAUUGUUGGGAUGGGUGGAGAUGGGUUGAUGGUGUUUCUGGUUAUGGUGAUGGGUUGUGUCGUGGGUUUGUGUUUGAAGCUAAGCUUACAUUGAUGCAAUGAAUGGUUGUUUGUGUGCUUUUUUGUUUGUUAUUGUUGGUGUUCUUUAAGCUGUUUUUAUGUCUUGUCAUGGUGCUUUGUGUUGUUCUUGAAUCUAGAGAGACUGUGCUUAUAGGACUUAUAUCUCUGUCUUUCAAAUGGUAUUUGAGUAUACAAUACAACUGAUUCGUGAGACCGUCA